AUGGAGGAGGUGACGACUUCGGCGAUGGCUGCCAUAGAUGCGGGACGGGGAAGUUUCGUUAACUUGUUAACGCGGUCUGGAGCACGAUAUCAAGGAUAUGUCUCCCGUGUGGACUCUCUCGAAUUCCUGAUUGCCCUCACCGAUGUGAAAUGCUUUGGAACUGAGGGGCGAAGAAUGGAUGGGCAAGACUACUCUGGAAGUGAAAAAAUCUAUGAAUUCAUGAUCUUCCGUGGAAGUGAAGUCAUAGAACUACAAUUUUUAACUUCGCCACCAGCUCAAAUUGGGUUUGUACCAAAUUAUAUGGUUGGAUCUAUUGCUCAAACAAUGCAAAAUCCUGGUGAGACUGCAAUAGUGGCUGGAUUGCAACAUCCUCCAUUGUUGCCUGUUACUUCCACAUAUUUGUAUCCUCUAACUACACCAGAAUCAAGCCUACAAAUGGCUUCUCAGCCAGUUUCUCAAUCAUUUGCUACUCCUAGUGAGCUACAAUAUUUAACUUUGCCACCGGCUCAAAUUGGCUUUGUGCCAAUAUAUAUGCCUGAAUCUAUUGUUCAAACUAGCACAUAUACACUGUUGCCAAUGCAAAAUCCUGGUGGGACUGCAACAGUGGCUGGAUUGCAACAUCCUCCAUUGUUGCCUGUUGGUUCCCCAAUUUUGUAUCCUCUAACUACGGAUUCCAGUUCAGGACAGUUUGCUACACCAGAAUCAAGCCUACAAACGGCUUCUCAUCCGCCAGUUUCUCAAUCAUUUCCUACUCGUACUACUAGAAAUGCUUCUCAUGAGGCAGUUUCUCAAUCAUUUCCUACUCCUAGCACUGUAAUCUUAAUCUCAAUAUGCAGCUUAGUGUUCAACUUCUUAAUGGAUGUGAUUUCUUUGCAGGCUUCUCAUCCGCAAGUUUUUCAACCAUUUCCUACUCCUACUGUAAAUCUUAGUGCUCAACUUCUUAACGGAUGUGAGUUCUUUAAUUUGCAGGCUUCUCAUCAGCCCGUUUCUCAAUCAUUUCCUACUCCUAGGACUGUAAACGCUGUUUCUCAUCAGCCGGUUUCUCAAUCAUUUCCUACUCCUAAUACUGUAAACGCUUCUCAUCAGCCAGUUUCUCAAUCAUUUCCUACUCCUAGUGCACUUGGUGGUCUUCUUCCAACACCUCAACCGGGACGUGGUGGUCUUCUGCCAACACCUCAGGGCUCGAGUGGUCGUGGGAGGGGUUCUGUGGCAUCUGGCCAAGGCCGUGGCAGACAACUAUGGCGUCGUGCCUCGGGAAGAUAA